CCAUAAUUCAUUCAUCCAUCCAUCCCAUCUGCUCUUAUUUCAUUCAUAUGUUUUUCAAGGUCCGUAAUGGCUAGACACAUCGAAAAAUUUACGAUCUUCCUGGACGAGUUCCACCUCGGAUUAUCCGAUGUCGAUCUGAACAACAGAUUGACACGAACGGCCAUCCUACUUCGUAACCCACCAUACCAAGAAACAGCAGCUCAGCCUACGCAAAGUCGGCAUAAUCUAGCUCAGAAGUGCCUGCUCACCAUACGACGGGAGUUUGGGGACUCAGUUUACUAUCUCUGUUUGUUUGCAUCCACCGUAACAACACUCUCUACCGAGCGAAAGCAGUUGGGUGAUGCUUUAGCACAAUGGUCUGGCAAAGAUAGAAUCCCCUCUGCCUUCACGAAACAAGCCCAAGCUUUGGUUGAGAAAUAUCACGCAGAAAAACGACUAGAAGAAGAAAGACGCUCUCACACGUCCCCUCGGAAACGUCCUCAGUCGACACCCUACACAACCAAACAAAGCUCAGCUAACGACUCUGGGAACACAUACAAGCGAGCCAGGCUACAUGAAGGUUCCAGAAGCUUCAUGUCAGUUGGAAGGAUUAUUGUGCAGUCUCGAGAAAGCGAAGGAGAAAACGAUACUCUUCAUAGUCGCGAGGAACGUCCCGAUAAUGAGUUCAACGUCAGCUACCAGCAUCCUUUAGACGUACGCAAUGAGUGCAGCAUGAGUUAUCAGGGCCUUUUCACCAAUCGUCGGAACAGUGUGGCCUCUCAACUGGCCGCUGGAAACGAAGCAAUCGUAGCUACUGGGCGCGAAGUUGAUCUGGGCCAUCGGCCUAGUGGUGAUGCUUUAGUAGAAAGUGGCGACAGUGACGACAGCGACGAUGACGAAGAGGAUCCCACCAUAUCAGCACCAGUCAACUCCGUCAAUCCAGUCCAUGCACCCAAACCGGUCAGUCCGGCCAGUCCAGUCUAUCCAUUUCAUCCAGUUCAUGCGCAAGAUGGUAUGGUACCUACACCCCUUCUGCUCACUAUCAAAUGUUCACGCUUCUUGUUUAGAUGAGCUUC